CUCAUUCGUUGCUCGAUCGGUGCCACCGAUCUUCCUUCUCCAGCUAUAGCUCCAUCCACUUGCUGAUCAUCCGAUGUUUCCACCAGUGUAAAAGUCGAUACGGAAGGCCACCACAAAGCUAAAGCACGCACAUACACCGCCUUGAUCUUCACUCUGAGCUGGAACAGCACACCGAGAUGAACGGGAUAGAAGUCUUAGCAGCAUCCCGGCAAGAAAAAGAAGGAGAGACCCAGAGACGACGGUCAAUCCUGACUUUGUGGAAAGGAAAGCAUCACGAGAAAGUUGCUCGUCAUGAAGACCACCCAUGCGAAUCCCAAAGCGACCUUUCCAAGGGAAAACAGCCGCAAAGGGAAGUGCCUGAACAGCAAGUGCCAGAAACCCCGCGCGGCGGCGUGCAUGUCCCCACCGCUAUCCCAACCCUAGGAACAACGCGCGCUGGCUCGCAUCAGAAUCCCACACUAGGGUUGGUCGAAGAUGCCAUCAUCCAGGUCAACCAUCUCCAAGACAAAACAGUCAAGUCAUGGCAGACUAUCGACGCCGUGUUAAAGGCAAAGACUGCUGGUAUGCCCAUGAUAAAGUCCCAAGUAUACGCCCUCGAGUGCAGAGACAUGGCCGAGACACUAUAUGAGUAUAUGAGUAAGGCCCUCAAGGAGAUGUUAUCGACACGAGAUCAAAUAUGCGAAGCCUUCGAGCGUGAUCCCGGCCUUCAGAAUCACCACCAAAUCCUGUGGAUAUGGGCCGUGCAGGCAGAAACAAAGGCUCAAGACAUAAUGCGCCUAUACAAGGCCCUGGCAGCGGACAUCAAUCAAACCCUGGGUGCAUAUCACAUGGCCCGUUCAACAGCCAUGAUGAACAGGGAGACCUUCACGCACACAAAGUUGAGGCAGAUCGAGAGCGCCGCUAGAGAACGCCGUCCAAGCCGAGUGCCCCAGACCCAGUCUCCGGAAAGCCAGUACAUCGCCCGAACUGCAGUACCACUCACAGGACCAGCGACUCCUGGGUAUGCGGGACAUCCCAACCCCAUACUUAUGGAGGUCCAGGAGGGCGGAGAACAGUCCCCUGAUAUCCCCCUCGUUAUGGAAAUGCCGCACUUCCCGCUGAACCUUCCUCCGAAGAAGACCGUACCAAAGACAUCAGACAACAUUCCCACCAGUUCACCUAGUAUUAAUAGUACGAUUUGCGGCGAACAGCAAGCGGAAGAGAACACGAAGCAAGGCCGGCCAAAUGUAUCGGCCACGAAGAAGAUGCAUUUAUUCAGAACGCUCUUGCGAGCCGGUUGAAUGAGCACAAUUGACUCGUCAUCGUCCGAGGCUCAGUCUGGACAAGAUUGAGUACCUUUGACUCAAGCAGGAGAAGCCUCGUUAUGUGCUACUUCAGAUUCGACUCAAUUGGUUCAGUGGACACCGAAACCACUGCAGAGCUGGUAGUCAACGUAACCCCGCCAGUAAGUAAGGAAUAAGGGAUAUGCAAACAUUAUGGUCCUACCGAGGAUCCAUGAAAGCCAUUUCCAUCCGACUGAGCGCAUGAAACAUGAUAGUUUGAUGGCAGAAUGGGAAUGGUUGAUCCCCAAUACUUCUGUGGAAGGGGACUGGACGUGGUGGUCGAAAGUGAAUCUGCGGUACAUAUAUAUUUCCCGGUCAGGUGGUCCAUCCGGCAGCCUCAGGCAGUACACCACACGAUAUGUUU